UUUUGGAACCAUUUUGGUUUUAUGGGUGCUAAUAGCUCCUAAUUAGAAAGUUUAUUUAAAGAUAAUGAAUUAACAGUAGAAAAAUUCCUUGAUACAGAAAACAUAGUAAUGGAUAUUAAAUAAAAUAACUAAAAGUUUUUUAAUUAUGUUAAAAAUAAUAAAGAAUUUCUCAAAAAAAUGAUAGAUUAUGCAUUAAAAAUGCCUGAUUAAGCAACAUAAGAUGAAAAAUAAUGCUAUAAGUACCCAUUUGUUUCAAGUGAAAUUCUUGGCGUAUAAAUUAAAUCUUUAGAAGAUUUGUAUUAUGGAAUUGAACAUGAAAAUUCAUUUGAAUAUGACAAUUCAUAAACAGAAGAUAAAGAAGAAUAAAAAGAAAAACCAAAACAGGAAGAACAAACUGAAGAAGAAUAAAAAGAAAAUGAACAAAAAAUAAAAAAAGAAGAAUAAGAUUAAGAAGAAGAAGAAAAACAAUAAAAUUAAGAAAUUGUAGAAUAACCAAAAGAAGAUAAUAGUAAAACUGAAGAACAAAAAAAAUAAUUAUUUGUCGAUUACGUAUUAGAAUUUAUAAAUACAGAAGAAGAUCUAAAUGACACUUCAUGCAGUUAUUUUUCUAAAAUUUCAAAUAAUUUAUUAACAUCAUCUAGUUAAUUCUAUAAUCAUAUAAAAAAUAAACCAGAAGUAUUAAAAAAUUUGGUAAAUCAUAUAGAAAUAAAAAGUAUAUCUAAUAUGAUAUAGAAGUUACUUAUAAAUGUCGGUAGUGAUAAUUCAUAAUAAAAUGAUGAAUCUUAAACUUAAAGAUAAGAAUUAUUAGAUUUGUUAAUAAACAAAUUCCAACACGGAAAUUCUACAGAAAAAGAUAACAUAAGUCUUAUUUUUUAAGAAGUUAUGAAUAUUUUAAUUGACGGAAAUUAAAAUUAAUCCCAAAUUAAAAUCAUUUAGACUAUUAAAAAUUUUAUUUUUAAAGAAGAAACUAUCUAAAUAAUAUUUGAAAUUUUAACUAAAAGCUUAAAUAGCUCCGAUUAAAGCUGUUCAGCGAGUAUUUUGAGUCUUAUGGUAGUCUAUUUUAAUUCAUAAAGUUUAGAAAAAUAUAGAAAAAAUUCAAAUUAAGAGGAUGAUGUGACAGCAAAUAAUGAAUUAUUAUCUUUUAUUGGAUUUUAGGUAUAUUUGAAUAAUUGUAAAGGUUUACUUAAUAUUUUAACUACUAGUUACCCUACUUCUUAGAAACAUAAAAUUUAAAAUGGAAAGGAAAUUUAUCCUUUGGGUAUGGGUAAGCUAAAAGUUAUUGAUCUUAUUUCUCAUAUUUUCAAAUCUGAAAAAAUCGAAUUAAUUGAAGAGUUUUGUAAAAAUGGAAUUAUUAAGAUUUUAUUUAAUUUAAUGAUAUAAUAUUGUUGGAAUAAUCUUUUACAUAUCUAUAUUGAUAAAAUUGUUCUUUAAUGUUUAUAAUUAUUUUAAGAAGGAAAAUCCGAUAUAAUAGGAAAUGCAUUAUUUGAUUAAUUUAAUAUUCUUGAAUUUAUUUAGAAUAAUUCGA